AUGUUCAAAAAGAUCCAUUCUAUAUUUCACCCCAACUCCCAGCGAAGAAACGUGACAGAUGACAUCCCUUACAGUGAUGGCGCUGGUUCUGCAGUGAGAUUGAUCCGCAGCACUUCUAUGUAUGUCCUUGGAGGUGAGCAGGAAAAAGUUAGUGAACCACUAAAAAAGUGCAGAAGUACAGCCAGCAUCGACUCUUGCUUUCAGCCAAAAGAGGAAGACAGAGACUGGAUGUAUGCUAAGACUCAGGACUGCUUGAAGUACCUACAGGAUCUGCUAGCCUUGAGGAAAAAAUAUCUUGAAAACAUCAAUAACUUGAAAUCCAUGCAUAUGGCUGCAGAUUCUCCAGCAUCCACAAGAUCAUCCAAAACUGGAAAAAAUUCAUUUCUUCCACUUCCUUCCAAAGAAUCUUCUAAGGUAAUUUCCAAGAACUUUUGACAUUCCAGUUCAGAUGUAAGAGAAGCAAUAGCUUUCUUUGACUCAGUCAUUGCAGACCUGGAUUCAGAGAGAUGGCGGAGAGUUCCUGGCAUGGAUCUGCCAAAUGUGGAUGUCGAUUUUGAUGUUGCUACCAGUACGAGUGAACAUAGUUUGCAUUCAAACUGGAUCCUUCGUGCUCCCCGGAGAUACUCACAAGAUACAGCCCAAGCAGCUAAGCAAUCUCAAAGAAACAGUCAGCGGAGAACCACGGGCUCUAGGAAAAGGUUGGAAAGGCAUCCCAUGUACCUGCCCAAAGCUGUGGAAGGGGCAUACAGCACUUUAAAAUUUAAGCCUAAAACACGCAAGAAAGAAUGUUGAAAGAAGAAUGUUCCCUUUUCACUUGAAGAGAGAAUAUAUGAAAUCGGGCAUGUAAGACCUGAUUGUUUGUUUGUUUAAAUACUGAUCCAUCAUUUACACUCCAGAAGUGACCUGUGCAGUCACUGAAGGUUCUUUGUAGGGGGCGUAUUUUAAGCCAUGGCUAUUCCAAUGUUGGACUCAUAUGAAGGCUUAACUCAUCAAAUAUUCUAACAAUUGUGCCUAACAAUACUGCUUUGUCAUUCAGCUUGGGUGGAACUUCAGCUUGACAAGCCUUUUUUUCUGCUGUUACAGAAAGCAAUGAUUCAGAGAUUGCCUGGUGCAGUAAUUUUUCUUCUGACUCCAGUACUGCAAAGCAGUUCAAGGAAUUCAGUGAAUAUGUUGGAGUUUUUGCAGCAGUGUUUCCAAUGUCAGAGCAGUGAAGCAGAAUUUUCUCCUGUUGCUUGUAAAAAUUUGUAUGUGCCAUCAUUGACUCUAUGUUCUGAGAGUAUACAGCCACACCGAGAUACACUCAGUCUGCAGCAUGAGCAGAAAAGCACUGGAGUGAGGGGAUCAGCAUUAGAAAGUUGUGUCUGGGGGAAGAGUGUGCUCCAGUAUGUUUUGUACUCUGCUUGCUAUUGGUUCUGUUGUUGGAUACAUCAAAAUAUUCACUGCAUGCAAAAAUUUAUGCAACUUUUUUCAUGUGGUUACACCAGGUGCUAGUUUUCAUCUAUUUGAACACCUAGCUGAUGAAUGUAGACACCAGUGUACACUAGAAAAGCUUAAAGUCAUGGAGAACAUUUUGUUAAUGAUUUGUUCUCAGGGGCAGAAGAGAACUUGCAGACAAAGCCACCACAUCACUUUGAGAUUAUACCCAAAAUUUGGAAUUCUGCUACUCCAUCAUUAAAGACAUUCUAUUAGGAUGAAUGCAGUCUGGAAGUGUUCCUCUUCAUCUUGGAGGUGACAUGUAUUACAUGUGAUACUUGGAAUUAAUAAGACACAUGCUUUGCCUGUUUUGCCCAGCUCAUACUUUGUGUUAAGAAUUUGCUAAGGUGUUUGGGACCAAGCUUUUGCUUACUCUGAUUUUUUUUAAUCUGGCAUCGUUCAGCUGGCGCUGGACUAUGACAGAUGGAUGAUGGCAGCACUGGUAUGACCAGGUGGUGAUUUGCUACUGUUUUCUUGUUUCUAUGAUCAGUAGUUUUUGUGUCCACAUGCUUGGAUGAAUUUCCUAAGGCACUGGCCAUCAAUAAAGCCCAUUUAAUAUACCAAAACCUCCAUAAACCUUGUGCCCUCACACAGAA